AUGGGCAAUUGCCUUUCUUCCUCAGAUCAGAAGGAGGCCAAGGACCGGAGCGUGGCGAUUGACAAGCAGAUCGAACAGGAUAGUCGACAGUUCAAGAAAGAGUGCAAGAUCCUCCUCUUAGGUUCCGGCGAGUCGGGCAAGUCAACGAUUGUCAAGCAGAUGAAGAUUAUUCAUCAGAAUGGUUACUCCAAGGACGAGCUCUUGCUAUAUCGUCUUACCGUCAUCAAGAAUCUAGUCGACUCAGCACAAGCCAUCGUGCUCGCCUUGCGAAAGUUCAAGAUGGAGCCAGAGAUGCCGGAAAACCGUGAAAAUGUGGAUGUCAUCUUGCAAUAUAGAGUAGAUGCCGAUCCAGGAGCGACGCUCGAUCAUCCUAUGGCAAGAAAGGUCGAUUCGCUAUGGAAGGAUCCCAUCAUUCCAGCUAUCAUGGAACGCAGCAGCGAAUUCUACCUCAUGGACAGUGCCGCCUACUUUUUUGACAAUGUCAAUCGCAUAGGUCAAGCAGACUACGUUCCAGACGAAAACGACGUUCUUCGCGCACGUUCCAAAACAACAGGCAUCAGCGAGACUCGCUUCAACAUGGGCCAGCUCUCAAUACACCUCUUUGAUGUUGGAGGUCAACGUUCAGAGCGCAAAAAGUGGAUCCACUGCUUCGAAGCGGUCACCUCGAUCAUCUUUUGCGUCGCGCUAAGCGAGUACGAUCAGGUGCUACUCGAAGAGAGCGGCCAAAACCGAAUGGCCGAGUCACUCGUCUUGUUCGAGUCGGUCGUCAACAGUCGAUGGUUCCUGCGAACCUCGGUGAUUCUCUUUCUCAACAAGAUCGACAUCUUCAAGCAAAAAAUUCCAAAGCAACCGCUAUCCAAGUACUUUCCCGAAUACAGCGGCGGUCCGGACAUCAACAAGGCUGCAAAGUACAUUCUUUGGAGAUUUACACAGACCAACAGGGCGCGGCUCAGCAUCUACCCGCAUUUGACGCAGGCCACCGAUACCAGCAACAUUCGUCUCGUAUUUGCAGCCGUCAAGGAGACCAUUUUGACCAACGCGCUCAAGGAUAGUGGUAUCUUGUAG